GCAAAACAAUAAUAUUUCUAUGGAUAGCGUAAUGUACAAACAAAUCUGUGUUUUAAUUAAUAUAACUUGUUUCUCGCCGCCUCACAUAAUAGAUGUUUGUUAGGUUAUGUAUUUUGUUCAGUAUGAUGCUUCUUGGCUCCCAUCUUCAUUACGUGAACGUUUUCUUUGAGAAAGCCAUUGUGACUUCCGAGAUGGAUUGUUUAUUUUAUACGAAAAUAUUUUCAAUUUCGAACAAAUCCUGUGAACAUGAGUUUUGGUUACAAGAUAUCAGAUAGUGCGAGGACUCGUCCCAAUACUAAGCAGAUUGUGGAUAAUCUUCAAUACAUUGAGAGUACUUCUAAUGAAGAAGUACCAGUCUUGAAGAAAUCACCUAUACUUUUUGAUGCAGAUGGCAACACUGAGAAUUGUUUUGUUGAAAUAAUACAAAGCGAGGAUAUUGUACCUGAUGAGGAUGUUGAGAUGGGUGAAAAUGGUCAAUAUUCAAUCAUUAAUGUGGAUCCCAAUAUCACCAGUUGCAAUGAGCACCCUGACAUGUACUUGCACAAGGACAAAACACUGAUAAAGCCAGGGGACAAAUUUGAUUCGCAUGAGAGCUUCCGUCUGUACAUAGACGGGAAUGCAGAACACUGGAAGUAUUACUACAGCUGUGCAGACUCCCGCGCUCAGUCAUCAGGCAAAGAGUAUUAUACAUACCGGUGUGUGUACAGCAAGCCCAAGUGUGAUUACAAACCUAGAGGAUUGAGAAGGAGGGCAGAAACAUUGAAGACUAAUUGUCCAUGCAGGAUUGUACUAAAGCGUCUAUCCUAUAAUUCUAAAUACCUAACUGCAGUCUUUGUUUGCGAUCAUCACAACCAUGAUUUGUCUCAAGAAUCAUUUUUGAAAUUACAACAUGGAAGGCGUUUACCUCCAAAGCUCAAGGAAGAGAUUAUGGGUCUUUUGUACCUGGAUGUGCACCCGACAAUCAUUCGAAAUUACGUUCAAUCGGUGACCGGUUUCAUUCUGAGAAAAGCCUACUUCAACCACGUCGCGAGGACCAUGAAAGGCAUUGACUUGGAGAAGACUUACACAGCUGAUAAGUUGAACAUGCUGUAUAAGAAAGCUGAAGAAUUAAAGAGAACAUAUGGCGGCCAAUACGGGAAUGAAGAUAGCUUCGAAGAAAAUGUUAAAGGAAAAAGGGGAAUCAAAAAGCGAAACGUGGAGUAUUAUGAAGUAGAACCUGAUAAUGAAGUUGAGGAUAAUAAUUAUGAAAUGGUAGAGGAAGAAGCUGAACCAAUAGAAGAAACCGAGUCGCCGAACAAAAAGAGUCGUCUAGAAACAUGUCUGCAGCGGCUGUCGUACGACGACGAGGUGUUGCAGUCGGUGAGGAAGCUGCAGAGCGCGGUGCAGUGUGACGCGCAGGACAACCCGUGGAUCAAACAGGAGCACUUCAUAGCGGCUAAUGGGUCCUUCCAACAAAUUCAAGAUGAUAACCAGGAGACAACUGUCGCUGAAUUGGUAGACGCCGAUAACAUCGUCGUAAUGGAGGCGAUUGGGGAGGGGGAGGGUGGAGAGAACCCCCAACAUUACAUCCUACAGAAGGCUACAGACACAGAGAACGGGGAAUUCACCGCGUAUCCUUGCGAAGUUUUGUACGAGAAUGACCCGUCAGUAGUAGGCAACGAGGAGGUAGUAGCCAAUGAGGAGGUGGUCGCGAACGAAGUCGUUGAAAAUGUCGUGGCCAACGAUCAAGACGAACAGGUCCAAGAAGUACCAUUGGUUUACAACACCGAACAAAGUGACGGCAAUGUCGGCGUAACGGCGCCGCCUAAUAACGCCGACAAUGAACCAUACAAUUUCCGCGCGGACCCGCCACCUGACUACGAAUACAUACAUAGAUUCAACAUCGAUCAGUACAUGAAACAAUCAUGGUUCCCGAAGUACAUAGAAAAAGUUGCAGAAGAUUCGCGCGCCAGCAUCGCUGAUAUGCUCUGCGAUGUAUACUGGGGCAAGUCGAUGUUCAGAUUAAUUACGACUAAAACAAUGGGAUCCAAAACAAUCAGAAUUUCCUAUUUGUGUGAAAACGUCCCUACUUUAGACGUCAUAGAAGACAAAGAGACCCUUGAAUAUAGAUACCAAGCGUCGAAGCAUUGUAAAAGAGUUAUGUCCUUGAAAAAGAAAUUGGCAGAUACCUCGAACAUUGUGCGUCAUUUAAACGACAUUUUGCUUAAAGCGAAGAAAGAGAACAAGGAGUUGGCUUAUAAAAACAAAUUAUUAGAGAACACUCGGUCGUUGGGGCAGACUCCGCGGGUCUCGGCGUCGACUGAAAAGGCAAUAGAGGAGGCCCACAUAAACAAUUUGCGUGCGAAAAAGCAAUCUUUACAGACACAGAUAACGGAAGCGGAAAGUCAUGUCGCGCAUCUAGAAGAGAUAAAAAGGAAUUUGAAGAGAGAUAUCUGCAAGUUUGUUUCUAAGAAAGUGCUGUUGAAACGGAUAGCUGGGGAACCGAGCGAGAAGUUGGAUGAAGUGAGAAGUACACUGGCCAGAGCCAUUAGAAAAAGCAACAAUGAAGAAGUUACCGUUCCCACUGAUGUACAAUAAAAGUGCUUGAAAUAUUUUUAAGGUAGUUUUAUAUGUAGUUAAUAAUUUGCAAACCUGCGGAUUUGUCUUGUUUUAAAAGGUUUAAUUAACAAUUAUGUUUUACGAUAGUUAACAAGCAAUACGACCUACAAAAUUACGUUGAAUUUAAAAAUAACUAAGGGAUCACAAGGCAUUAAAUAUAUUUUGAUGUUUUUUUUUCUAUAGAUAUAUCUAUUGGCUAGAUAGAAGGCACCUAUAAUUUUGAAAAUGGGAUGUCAUAGUAUAAGUACAUACAAAUGCAUAUAUGAUUUAUCUAUAUGCAUUGUGUUCGCUAGUUUUAAUUCAGAUAAAUAUAAUAAAAGAUUGCUUUAAUUAA